GAUCUGAAAGCUUUUGAGUUCCUUCUGGUGAUUGGACAUUUGGACCUGUAAGAAACUCCAAGUGAGAGCUCCCCUCCUCUUCUGGGGGUUUCCCUCUUCUUCUCCUCAGUCUCCCCUGCUCCCCCCAUAAGACUUCCAGAGACUGGGGGAUUGCUAUGGAGCCAAGGGAAAAUUCAGGCACUUCCCGACAGAGGGGAAGUGAGACGGAUUUCUUGGCAUCAGCCAUUGCUUCUGCCAAAGCUCCUGCUGCUCUUGGGGGACCUGGGGAGACCCUGCUCUCUACGUCCAGCUCUGCAAAAGGGAUUCCAGGGGGCGGCGAUCGUAUGGAAGUAGAGGAAGAAGAUGAGCUUUGCUCCAGGAGGGAUGUAGAUUCGAUUUCCAAUGCCGACAGCGAGAAAUGGGUAGCCGGUGACGGCCUGGAGGAACAGGAGUUUUCCAUCAAGGAGGCCAACUUCACAGAGGGAAGCCUGAAAUUGAAAAUCCAGACCACUAAGAGGGCCAAGAAACCUCCCAAAAGCCUAGAGAACUAUAUCUGCCCACCUGAGAUCAAAAUCACCAUUAAACAAUCUGGGGAGCCCAAACUUUCAAGAGCUGGGAAAAACAGCAAAGCAUCGAGAGAGGAAGACCACACUCACUCCAGAAAGAAGGUUUAUGACAGGCUGCAGAAACAUUCCGUUGUUCACUAUGAUCCAGACCUCCAACAGGAUUUCACCAGUGACACCUUAAAAUCACGGCACCAGCAAAGAAAUAGCAACCAGCAUCAUCUUGACUGGUCAUUGACGUCCGAGUCUGGAUCAACUUCCCAAGCUUGCUUCAUUGCCCCAGAGCCAAACCGAGAAGCCACUAAUUCCUGUAAGAUCUCUGGGUCAGAGCCUGCAAUAUCGUUCAGCAAAUCCCAAAUUAAGAAGUCAAACGCUGGCAACGCGUGGGCUCAGCUGACAAGCGGUAGCAACAAAGACCUUGCUGCCUGCAGUGCAGCCCCAGGGUCAAACCCUCUUGGAGUGGUUUCCCAGUCUAGCACUCUGGUUGACUGCAGUGGCCUUCCCUCACUAGGGAGUCAAGAGGGAGGGGGACAAAUGGACACCCUUGAUCAAACCAGUACCAGCACAAAGAAAAAGUCCAGUAAAAAAGACUUAAUCAACCAAACCAUCCAAAACACAGACAUAGAAUGGGUGAAGAAUACUCAGAAGUCAUUUGAAGCCAAAACGAAUGACAACUUGGAUGGGAAAAAGGAAUCCAGUAUAACCAAACCACCAUCCCCUCGACAAAGCCCAAACAACUCAGCCAAUCUUUCUGAAAACGAUUCGAGUCAUGUGCGAAUUACUAUCCCCAUCAAAGGUCCAAUAGUGGAGCUACCUGGUCACAAAAGGAAGAAAAGGCAGUCUACAAAAUCUGCUGCUGAGAAGAAUGUUCCAGAGAAAUCACCAUUUUCCGGGCAAUCUGUAAGCAGUGAUGUAGCUUGCCGGAGUAGCACCCAAGCAGAGUUGUGCAAGAAAGAUCUGCGGGUUACAAAGCCAGGGAAAGCUACUGAGAUUGAGUCUCCAUUGGUACCCAUGGAAAAAAAUGAGAUAACCAAUAAAUCACCCUCAAACAAUGCCACCAGGCUCAGAAAGACCACAGUUGUGACAUCUGUUUCAAUGACAAAUGAUAUCCCUGCACUCACCAAGCAUUCAGAAAUUCAGCAUCCAAAAUUUGCAGCAAAACGAAGGUGGACUUGUAGCAAACCUAAAAAUGUGUUCCGGGAACCUUCUCUGAGUCCGUCUGAGAAACUGAUGAUAGAACCUCCAUCUGCUUAUCCCAUAACACCAUCGAGUCCUCUGUAUACCAAUACAGACAGUCUCACUGUGAUAACUCCCAUCAAGAAGAAGAGGGGACGGCCAAAGAAACAACCUUUGCUCACUGUUGAAACCAUCCACGAGGGAACAUCCACCAGCCCAGUCAGCCCAAUCAGUCGAGAGUUUCCGGGGACAAAAAAAAGAAAGAGGAGACGAAACUUGGUAAAGUUGGCUCAGAUGGCUCCAGGAGAAGACAACUCAGUCAGUGAGUUGAAAUUUCACAAAAAGGUUGGCAAGCUUGGUGUACUGGAUAAGAAGACCAUCAAGACUAUCAACAAAAUGAAAACCCUCAAGAGGAAGAACCUUCUGAGUCAGAUCCUAUCAUGUUCUAGUAAUGUAUCUUUGAAAGCAAAAACACAGCCACCAGCCACUUCGGGGGCUCCAACCAUUGAUGCGAGGCUAGGGAAGCAGAUAAAUGUGAGCAAAAGAGGGACUAUCUACAUAGGCAAGAAGAGGGGAAGGAAGCCAAGAUCUGAGUUGCAGUCCCCACAGGAAGAACCUAAGACAGUCGUCAAACAUUUGAGGCCUGUAUCUAGCCAGCCUGAUAACCCAGCCGUGCCUUCCACCUUGCAGUCCCUGGUGGCAUCAUCACCAGCAACUGUUCACCCCCUUUCGAUGCAGUUAGUCGGACCUAAUGGCAAUCUUAGCCCUGCCAGCACUGAAACCAAUUUUUCAGAGUUAAAGACUAUGCCAAGUCUACAACCCAUCAGCGCUCUUCCCACAAAAACUCAGAAAGGAAUCCAUGGUGGGACCUGGAAGUUGUCCCCACCUCGGCUCAUGGCAAAUUCUCCUUCCCACCUUUGUGAUAUUGGUUCCCUGAAGGAAGUCACGUUGUCUCCUCUGAGCGAAUCCCACAGUGAGGAAACCAUACCGAGUGAUAGUGGAAUCGGUACUGACAAUAACAGUACUUCUGACCAGGCAGAGAAGACCUCAGAAUCUCGCCGAAGAUACUCGUUCGAUUUCUGCAGCCUGGACAAUCCAGAAGCCAUUCAGUCUGACGCCAGCAGUAAGAACAGGCACAGUCACAGGCAGAAGCAUCUCAUUGUUGAUAACUUUCUCUCCCACGAGACCAUAAAAAAACCAAAGCACAAGAGGAAGCGGAAAACCCUGCAGAACAGAGAUGAUCUCCAGUUCCUGGCUGAUCUGGAAGAGCUCAUCAGCAAGUUCCAAGUGUUCAGAAUUUCUCACCGAAGCUAUACGUUUUAUCAUGAAAACCCAUACCCCAGCAUUUUUAGGAUCAAUUUCGAUCCCUAUUAUCCUGUGCCAUAUAUCCAGUACGACCCAUUGCUGUAUCUUCGCAGGACCUCCGACAUGAAGUCUAAGAAGAAGCGUGGUAGACCUGCCAAAACCAAUGACACCAUGACAAAGGUGCCUUUCUUACAAGGGUUUGGUUACCCAAUUCCCAGUGGGAGUUACUAUGCACCCUAUGGAAUGCCUUACACGUCAAUGCCUAUGAUGAACCUUGGCUACUACAGUCAGUACCCAGCUCCUUUGUACUUGUCUCACACCCUUGGAACUGCGUCUCCUUUUAUGAGGCCCACCGUGCCCCCUCCCCAGUUCCAUGCAAGUUCUCACAUGAAGAUGCCCAACACUGCCAAGCAUAAAGUAAAGCAUGGCGUUCAUUUACAGACACCAGUAGGGAUGGGCCUUGGGGAAGUACAUUCCUCAUUGACCUCCGCGAAGGUUUCGGGGACCAGCUUACCCAGUGGCCGACUUCACAAAAGGAAACACAAACAUAAGCACAAACACAAGGAGGAGCGGAUAUUGGGGGCUCAUGAUGACCUAAGCAGUCUCUUCGCUAGCAAGUCUCCUGGCUUCUCCAGCCAUUCAGUUAGUGAGAGAUUAAAUGUCUCUGAGAAAGACCUCCCCUUGUUGACUGAGAAAGGCAAGCAUAAGGACAAACAGAAGCACCAGCACUGUGAGGCUGGGCACAGAGGUUCCAAGAAUAGCUUUGAGGUGGACACCCUGUCUACCUUAUCGCUCUCCGACACCCAACAGUGGAUCCCGAGCAAGGAUAAGAACAACACAGGUGGGGAUCCCGGUGACUCCUGCAUGAAGAGGUAUGCUGGGAACACCGAGAGCAGUGCAAGGACCGAUGCCAUGGAUGUCUUUGGCGAGAUGAAUCCCAUGAGUGAAAAGCGAGAUAGUGACACCGGCGGAGCAAAGAGAAGGAGCUUUGACGGAUUUGGGACGUACAGGGAGAAGGACUUUCAGACUUUCAGAACAAGUAGGAAGGACAGGAAUUCUUACGAUUCCUCAACUGUUUCAGGAAUUUCCAGUUCCCACGUAAAAGCAGACCAGACUUUGCUCCAUAAUAAAAACGAUUGUUCUGGUACUGCUGGGAUGACACGUCGGAAACCAGCAGCUCUCAAUGGCAUUGCAGUGUCUUCGACACCAAUCUUAUCUCUCUUACCUACCCCAACAGCAGCAGAAACAGCCAGCUCACCCCUCAAGAAACGGUUCAAGCGCUAUGAAAUUGAAGCGAUCCAGUGUGAGGUACGCAAGAUGUGCAACUACACCAAGAUUCUCUCCACCAAGAAAAAUCUGGAUCACGUCAACAAAAUCCUGAAAGCCAAACGGCUGCAGAGACAAUCAAAGACGGGGAAUAAUUUUGUAAAGAAGAGGCGAGGUCGUCCUCGGAAGCAGCCCCCCUCCUUUGACGAGGACUCCGGAGACCAAAUGCCCGUGCUGGAGAAAUGUGUUGACCUGCCUUGCAAACGAGGUCAAAGACUUCUCUUGAACUCUUUGAUAUUGGAACAAGCAAGUAGUCAAGAUCCAGUGGCUGCCACCAUUGAGGCGGUGGUGCAUAUGGCCCGAGAGACACCCCAGGAUCCCCUCUCGCCGGUCCCUCCUUCACGGACGCCAAGAGCUGGAAAGCGGAAAAACAAGUCACAGCAACAUCCGGAGGAAGAGGAGGACGAAGUGAAGGGGAAAAGGCACCGGAAAAAUCGAGGAAGUGAGAGCGAACAUCUUCCCUAGUAUCAGAGAUGGCCAAUUAGAGACAGAGCUGGAAUGCUUAUGCAUUUCAGCCAGUAGGCCAGAGUGGACAACUCUGAUCCACAUCCUCUACAGCGUCAGAUUCGCUCUGUAUUUGAGUAGCACAGCAGCCAUUAAGAAUCCAGAUGAAAUUGAUCACUCAUCGUCAUCAUCAUUACAAUGAGAACACAACUGUGAUAGAAGCCCCUUGGUUAGUAAGAGGGGAGGGGGUACAGAAGACAUUCUUCAAACUUACUGAGUUUUGCUUUUUUGUUGUUGUUCAGACAAGUCACCGUUGUUCUUGUGUCUCCAAAAGUCCCUAGAUGGUAGGAGAAUGUGGCAUCCUUACCAGCAUGGUCAAUAUCUUUCUCAAGAGAGAGUCUUCCCCCCUUUUGUUAGAUACAUUGCAGAAGGAAAAUCACCAGCAGCAUUUCUGGUCACUGCUGUGACAGUGAAGUGGGGGGACUGUCCUUAAUAGGUAUCUCCCUGCCUCGCAGCUAUUAAGUCACAAGAGCUCUUUCCAGGAACCAAGAUGCCAAUGCUCCAUCUGAAACUUGCAUCCCUUUUUUCAGUAAUAAUAAUAAUAAUAAUAAUAAUGUAAAUUCCUCAACUGUGCUCUUCAUUUUUAAAAAGGUUUCAUAGUUUCAUUGGGUUUGGGAUUUUUAAAAGAAACUUUUGCCAGGCUGAUGGCAGUCCAACCCAACCCUAACCAAAUCUUUAGCGAUCUUUGCCACUACUUCUGAAUAGUAUUUAUUUUCUCUCCUCCAUAGAUUGCCCAAUGAAAAGGAAACUGGUUUCAAAAUGAGUAAUAGAGGCAAGAUGAGUAGAAUUCUAUUCAAUUGAGGAUUCUAACCCCAUCCUAGAAAACAAGGAAUUGCACAGAAUAGGAGAAGGGGUGCUUUCAGACUUUGAGAGCUUGUCGUGGUCUCCCUGACAACAUUGCUGCCGAGAGGAUGGAUUGCGCAUUCACAAAAUGGGUGCCAUUGCUUGCUGUUUCAUUUGAAAACUAAAUUCAGCUUUUUACUGUCCCAGUUAAGUGGUUCGAUGGUCCGGUUGUUGGUAGAAACAAGAUUUCUCCCGCAGCCUCAGUUUGUUAGUAGAGUUGGGGAAAAUGGGGACCUAGCAGGGGUGCCAGCAGCUUCAAAAAAGUCAAGAUGGCAGGUGCAGCUGUGUGAUGGAAGGCCUGCCCUUUUGUAUAUGCACACUGAGUGCGUACCCAAAAGGGGCAGAUCCUGUGGUUGUGACCAUCACCUUGGUUCUUUUUACUCACCUGUGAAUGCCCUUGUCAACCACCCGCAAAAAAUAGGAAUGUACAAGUGAUGCUACUCUCAAGAGGCAAGAAAUCCUGACGGGAUCCAGAAAGCCAGAAAAAUAGAGGUUACUCAAGGGAAAUGGGAGAAAAAUUUCUGCAGGUUUGUGCCCAAUGCUGGUUUGUUUUUCAGUACAGUGAAAACAGGAAAAGCCAUUCUGAAGUAAUAAUUCACCAGAAAAAUCCAAGAGAUGAAAGCAGUGUAAUUUCUCAACCCAAAUGAAAAUUUUAAAAUGACCAAGUGUUCUUAUCGAAAAAAAUAUUGUUAAAAAUCUAGACGUUCAAAGCAUAGUGUCGGAAUUAAUGCCACUUUGGAGAGCUUUUCUUCCAGGAUGUGGUUGCCUUAAUAAAUUGAAAAAUAUUUGG